AUAUUACUACUGAACACACAGAGUGCGUUUCAAAAUAUAAUAAAGAAAACAAAUCGUCGUCUCUAAGGAAAAUAUUUAGUAACUCAGUGUUAAUCGUUCAAUGAAGCUGAUAAAAUGAAGUGGACUUUUGUAAUUACUUUAUUUGUCAUUUCCAUAAUAUCAAGAAUAAGCUGUGACUCAGAAGAUUGUCAUAAUGAUAAAGAAGAAGUAAAGUUGAAAUAUGAGAUACAGAAUGAUCAAAAUCAAGAUAAUCAAUCUGAUGAGAGAUUCGUUGCUGUUCAUGUCGAUCAAAUUGGCAUUGAUGAACUUAAUCCCCAAAGAGCCAUGAUUGAAAACAUAGUAAAACCAUUUAUUCCGGCAAACUUCAACUAUUUAUACACUUUAAAUGCGACACGAGAAAUUGUCCAAGGAUUUAAAUACAUCAUAAACUUUGUAAUGGAGAAAGAAACUGGAGAAAUUAUCUACUGUGAAAUAGAAGUUAUAGAAAAGCCUUGGUUGAUAAAAAACUCAAGAAAAUUUCAAAAAAUGACAUACAACAAUUGUUCAUUACCAAAUUCACCAGAUGAAGACGAAAAUGUGGGAUAUGAAAUCAAUCCACUCUUUGUGAAUCAAAGAACAGAAAUGAAAAGCAAUGAAAUGAUUGAAGUGGAAGAUCAAAUAGUUGUGACCAAGCCUAGAAUGACGUUAACAUCGUCAUCAUCAACAACUUCGACAACAACAACGACAACAGAAAAGGUGGAUGAUGUCACUUUAUCACCGCUUGAUCCAUUAUCAUUGAUGAUGAUACACGGUUUCUUAAACAAAAUUCAUGAUUCAGCACCCUCUCAAACAUCUUCCACUACCACAAUGUUGCCAUUAUCCAAUUCAAACAUGCAAGCAUUGGAUGAAAUAUUUAAUGUUCAAAAUGUUGAGAAGACGCAAACACAGCUAGAACUUUCCAACAGUGAAUCAUCAUUAAACGAUAAUUUGCAGAAGGAACAAAUCCAUGUUGACAAUGCCACACCGCCGUCAAGAAUUGAUGACAAUAAAUUUGAAUUUAUCGAAGAUGAGAUCAAAAAAGUUUUCAGUGAACUUUUUGAAUCUGAUCCUGAAUUUCAAAUGAAUUUUAUAGCUUUAAUUAAUCGAAAAGAUGAUUCAACACUCGAGAGAGAUUAUAAUUAUGUAGUAAGCGUUUUAGCAAAUAAAUUGAAGGCUAAAUUUGAAAACGUCAACGGGAAACAGAAUGAUGAGAAUGAGAAUGAUGCGUAUCAAGUUACAGUCAAUCCUUUAAUCAUUGAAAGCGAUAUUAGUAGUCGUCGUAAAAGAUCAGUAAAUGAUAAAUCUCAUAUUUGGAAUCUUGCUGUAGACGCGCUUGACACUUUAGAUAACAUCGAUGCUGAUGAUGAGAAAAGAAUUUUAGUUGAAAUCUUGCGAUUUGAUGAGAAACAAAAUGCAGUUGCGAUUGAUGUUAGAAUUGUGAAUAGUUAUUGUCAAGAAAGUUCCCAUGAAAUAACACAAUGCAGAAAAAAAAUUAAACUCAACUCAAUGAAAGUUUGUUUACUUGAGAUUAAUGAAGCUGACGGUGAAUUGACAAAAUCUCAAUGUGCUCCAAUUAAUCGUAGUCGUCGUCAAGCUCCUGGUGGUCCAUUGCAAUUGAAUGUUGAUGACGAGGACGUCAAAUUAUUUUUAAAUGAAGCUUUGACUGAAGUUAAUGCUAGCGAAGAGCCAGAUUAUUCCAUUAAAGAAAUCACUGAAGCAACAUCACAAGUUGUUGCUGGUCGUCUCGUCAAAUUCACAGUGAAACUUUUGUCAGGCGAGAAUGAAGUCGAAUGUAAGUUUGAAGUUUGGGAACGUGUAUGGCUUGAAGAUGGACGUGAAGUCAAAAUCAAUUGUGAUAAUGAAAAACAUUAUAAAUUGAAGCAAAAACCACAAGGUAAAAAGGUUCGUGAACGUCGUGACACUCUCGUUGGUGCACCAGCUGAAAUCGACAAUAAUGAUGAGAAAGUUUUAAGUCUUUUGUCAACAAACUUAAAACGAUUAGACACAGGAAGUGAUUCAGCAUUGGAACUUGUGUCGGUUGAUAAAAUAACACGACAAAUCGUGUCGGGAUUAAGUUAUAAAGUCAAGGGAACAUUCAAAAAUGGUGAAUUAACACCAUAUGCUUGUACAAUUGAUAUUUGGAAUCGUCCGUGGAUUGAAGGUGAUGAUGGAACACAAAUUAAAGCUGAAUGCGAGAAUGGCGUUCGUUUGAAGACGAAGAGAGUUAAACGAUCAAUUCGUCCAAUGUCUCCGCAUCAUCAUAAAUUUCAUUCAAAAGAAACUUCUGAGUUGAAAGCUCGUGAAAUAAAAAGUGAAGUUUUAUUUGAAAACUUUGUAAAGAAAUAUCAUCGUCGUUAUGGUAAUGACUUGGAACAUAAAAUGCGUCAUCGAAUCUUCAGAAAGAAUCUUCAUAAAAUUGAUAUGUUGAAUAAACAUGAAAUGGGAACCGCAAAAUAUGGAAUUACGCCAUUUGCAGAUCUUACCGAGAAGGAAUAUCUUCACAAGACGGGAUUGUUGAUGCGUGAACGUCAUGAAAAUGACUUGCCAAAUCCACUUGCCGAAAUUCCUGACAUUGACGUUAAAGAUUUACCAACCGAAUUCGAUUGGACUGAGAAAGGUGCAGUGACGUCUGUGAAGAAUCAAGGAAAUUGUGGAUCAUGUUGGAGUUUCUCAGUAACUGGAAACAUUGAAGGACUUCAUGCAAUUAAAACUGGUAAGCUUGAAGCUUAUUCAGAACAAGAACUUCUUGAUUGUGACACAACAGACAAUGCUUGCAAUGGCGGUUAUAUGGAUGAUGCUUUCAAAGCGAUUGAGAAGAUUGGCGGAUUAGAACUUGAAGAUCAAUAUCCAUAUAAAGCUAAGAAACAAAAGAAAUGUUUGUUCAAUUCAACAUUGAGCCAUGUUAAAGUCAAAGGUGUCGUUGACAUGCCAAAAGCGGAUGAAAUCGCUAUGCAGAAAUAUCUCGUUGCAAAUGGUCCAAUAUCAAUUGGAAUUAAUGCUGCUGCUAUGCAAUUUUAUCGUGGCGGGGUUAGUCACCCAUGGAAGAUUCUUUGCCGUAAAUCGGAUUUAGAUCAUGGAGUGUUACUUGUCGGUUAUGGAAUCAAAUCUUAUCCGAUGUUUAACAAGACUUUACCGUAUUGGAAGAUUAAAAACUCAUGGGGACCAAAAUGGGGCGAGCAAGGCUUCUAUCGCAUCUAUCGAGGUGAUAACAGUUGUGGCGUAGCAGAAAUGGCAUCGUCAGCUGUUCUUGAAUAAUUUUCUUCCUUUCAUAACAAUAAAAAAAUACUCGAAAGAUAAUAACAUCGAAGAAAACUACUCUAAUUAAUAUUUUGCCAAAAUAAGGAAAGAAAACUCGAAAAUAUCAUAAAAAUUUUUAUUCUUAAGCAGUUCGCAUAUAAUCGUAUGGAGAGAGUAUUGUGGAAGGGAAUGACGAGAAGGAAUGAAAGCUUUUCAAAUGCUAAAGUCGAACUAUACUCACAAUGCGAACCAUUUCCAUUCAUAUAUAUUGCUAUAACAUUCAUUGACUUCAAUUUUAAAUCUUGUUCCAAUUUUUUGUUUAUGGCUGAGAUCAAUGUUUGUUUUUGUAAAAAUCCAGUUGAGAAUCCAGUUGAGAAAUUAAGGUGUGAUGAAGUUAUUUACUUAAAAUUUACUCAUAUGCGUUUGUUCAACUUAUAAUCGUUUGAAUAUUUUUUUAUUAAAAAUUCUCUGUAGAACACGUUGCCUUUAGGCAUUAUUUUAUUGAUCAAAUGUAAAGAAAAACAAAAUAUGAAUAAAAAGUUUCGAAACUUUAUAAGAAAUGAA